AUGGGACACUAUAUCGAGCAUCACACUUACGUAGAGCAUCGCACACUGAAGAAAGUCGGUGUCAUAGUCACGAAAAUUACCUGCAAGGGAGAGGUGGUGGACACUCGUCAAGAAUAUAAUGUGGACUACGUGACAAGACACGAUUAUACUCAAAGCCGCUGGGUAUGUGUGCUCGACAAGCUACGAACCAGAUCUUUUUCUCUCCAACUGCGAAACAGCAUCGAAGAUCUUAAACGAUCAAAUGUACAUAACGUGAGUCUACAUAGCGUUCUCACCGGUCCCUACGCGAUAGUUAACCUUCAUAACAUAUCUCUAGCAUACGAGCUACUCAACUUGGGCUGUGGUCUGAAUUACACCACAAUCCGUGACGUGACCUUGCCACAAAUUUUAGGGUUUGGGGUCGCACCCAAAUUACCCCAACCCAGUGUGCAUCAACGAUGCCAAGCUGCUAGUAAACAACUUGCUCUCCAGAUUUGUCAACCAUCCAACUUUGUCUUCCCCGGAAUCGAGCCCGUCAAUCCCAACUGCCGCCUAUUAGUCGAAUUUACGGGUGGGAUCGACAUGGUUAACCGCGCAUUUAUCAAUUGGGUGUGGGACGAUCAGGCGCAUACCCAACCCGUAAAAGAUCGCCGCUACCCCCCAUCGGAUCUACUGCGUAACUGGAUUAAUAGUCACUGUCCCCGCAACCAAGAAAGCCUCCUACCUGUAUUAUUAUACAGCGUGAUGACCAAGGAAACAGACAUGUUUCAAAUACUCAAUCCCACAACUUUCGUGGCAAAUUGGUCGCCCUUCCGACCCGGGCCGUUCAUACGUUUAACACCUUUAUGUGCCGAAACCGACAAGAUUGUUUGGUUCGCACAACACAUAGCCAUCGUAAAACGUACGGGUGCUAACGCGCCCAUUUUCCAGUCAUACCUAAACCUAUCCUCAUUCCCAACAAUAAUGGCAGAGUUUUGGAAAAGACUCAUCACGCAGCCAGUCGACAUCGACAUUCCACAACCGACUCUCGCAAACGAGGCCACCCAUGACAAACGCUGGAUCUCAUGGCAUGAAGCUUUCAUAACUUUGUGGGAAGCGUUUAUGCCUGAUCUCCCUAUCUAUGAAGGACCGCAUCACAUGCCAACUUAUCAGAGACUCGCCUGGCCAAAUGGAGGCAACGGAAAACCACCCCAGUUAUAUUGUGUCUUACCGCAUAGAACCAACUCUAUAACGGAGACGCUACCACGCUCUACUCCUCCUCAAUUCUUUGUCCUGUCUCUACCCACUCGACCUCGCCACGGUUUCAUUAUGCGCAAUUACUUACGCGUUACCCUCUACCCAGUUAAGAACGAGUACCUAGACAUUCUCGCGGAUACAAUGAAAACAGUCAGUGAAUUCCGCGGACUAAUCAAGCACCUCGAAAUGACCCAUGGUUUAAGGUGUUCCGCUUCAGGUGAUAAGGGCCAAUUUUUGACCCGUCUUAUGCCUGCCGACAACCCUCAGCUGGGAGAAGCUAUUCGUCGUUACGUGUUCGGGACUUGUGAGCACUUGACCGUUGAAGACCUCCAGCUCACGACUCCGAAAAAAAGCCUACUUCGAUCUGUGGCUUUCAGCAUGGCCAACAAGUACCGCCCACAUCACGCCGGGGACCCUGUCGGCUGUUAUGCCAAACCUACAACAGCUGAAGAGAUACUGGGCACCACUUUCGAAAACGCGAUAUCUCCGGACCUUGACGUGACAUACAUAAAGAUCACUGGACUGGCCACCCCCGAGCCAACUUAUUGGUUCAUGGUAAACGAUCAUCUAUGGAAGACACACGUCGAGAACGAGUUUGCCACUGUGAAACUGAGUUCCACAUUUGUCACUGCCGAGCUGACCAUCUUCGAGCCUCGCCGCAAGUACAAGCUCAGUGAGAAAAAAGAGUAUCGCCGCACUCACCCCGACGAUUCAAAAGGACCACGCGCUAAACUCCCACCCGCAGCACGAGUGUGUGGAUCCAAGAUCUGGCUGACAGAUUUGUUCCAUUGCGACCUAGAGAAUGUGUCCCGCCAUCUCCGCGAGACAUUCAAUCCCUGCUGUAUGUCUCACUCAGACAAAAAUACAAAUCCAGCCUUCCUGACAAUGUGCUUUCUCCACCAUGACGACAAUUUCCAGCCUCCAUCUCUGUCCUACCGCAGCAUCAUGUCACUCUUGCGACAAAAAAAUAUUAUUCUGCGCAGGGUACCUAUCGUUAGCACAAGUAAAGACUAUGAAAUGUCGGGACGUCCGAACCCAGUUCUCCUCUCCCAGCCUAGAAUCCCUGUCUCAAUGUACCAACGACGCGUUGAGAAAAUUCGCCGCCUGAAAAAGCAAAAGCGCGAGAAAGCCAAACAAAAGCUUAACCGACUCAAGACCAAGACUAAAGCUCGCCUACUAGAUCGAAUCCGGGCUAACCAAAGGAGAGUUGAGACCAAAGCGAAACCACAGGCGAAGACAGGAGGUAGACAAUAG